AUUUCAAAUUUUAUAUGGUACUUCUUUUGAAUAUGAAAUUGAAUCAAAUAUAUCAGCUAUUAAUGCUGCAACAAAUUAUGAGAAAGCUAUAAAUAUAAAUACAAAUAAAAAAUCUUUAUUAUCUGGACCUUUAUUAUUUGGACUACAGCUUCAAAAACUUAGGACAAUUAGAGAAUUUUGUGUUAGACAACAUAUAAUUAAACCCGCAGAGCAAUAUUCAGAGACAACUCUUAGAAAACGUGCAAAAGAAAUUGCAACAACAAUUCAAAAAGAAUUUAUUCAAAAUGUUGAGUUUAAAUAUAAUUCACAAGAUUCUAUUUCAUUAAAAUCAUUUGAAUAUAUUGUUAAUAAUCAAAAUUAUUAUUUUGAUUUUGGAAAUGAAAAUCUUAUACAAAAAAAAAUAGAGGUUUUAAAUAUGAUUAAAAUAAUGGAUUCAUCUUAUAUUUCACAGGAUGCAUAUAGAAACUUGGCUACACAUCAUCAUACACCCAAUUAUCAUUAUACUGUUGCCUUGUACCCUGGAGUUGAAAAAUAUGAAUUACUCGAAGUUGUAUUAAAUUCAUUUCUUAAUAAUCUUAGAGAUCUUAAAAAUAAUAGAUUAAAUAUUGCAGAUGAUUUGAAAAACAAUUAUUUAAAUAUUCCAGGUUAUAUUAAGGCACCAUUAUUCAAUAUGAUUCCAUUAUCAAAUUAUGUGUUUGAUGAAUUACAUGUGUUAUUAAGAAUUGAAGAUAAACUCUGA